AUGGCAAAUGACGAAAAGGGAAAUGCAUCGACGGAAGAUGAUGACAAGCCGAAAAAGAGGGAACACAGGGAUCAGGGGCAACAGUCAAAGCUGAAGAAGAUAAAGUAUUACAUUGAGCCGGAUAAAGUGGACAUUGGAAUACAGGCGGGUGAUUCGUUGGAGAAGGUCAAAGUGACCUACGUGGAACCAGAUGACGAAGAAUCCUCGCAUGGCUUCUUUUGGGGAAAGAAGAAAUCGGAAACAUCAUUACCGCGUCGAUCGUGGGAGACGGAUGACUAUAUAGAUUUCGAUGACCUCCUGCCAAUGAUCGGCCAGUUUGGCCGUUUCCAGAUUAGGCUGUUCCUGUUCAUGAUACCCUUCUGCUUCAUCACAGCCUUCGUGUAUCUGGGCCAGAUAUUCAUGUGCCUUACCCCACCGAAGUACUACUGUUAUGUGCCGGAACUUUUACAUACGCCGGUGGAGCUGCGCAAGGAGUUGUCCAUUCCAAAGGAGAAGGAUGGAUCUUACAGUCGCUGCCGGAUGUACAAUACCAAUUACACGAAGAUCCAUUUUGCGGAGAAUCCGAGUGCCUAUAUCAACACUUCACUGCCAACGAUUCCCUGCAAGAAGGGAUAUGUUUUCGAGCAGGAGGGCAGAGCAUUUGAAUCGGCCACCAUGGAGUUUGGCUGGCUGUGCGAUGACGACAAGUACGCCACCUAUGCCCAGAUCAUCUUCUUUUUGGGUUCCAUAUUGGGCGGACUUGCGUAUGGCCACUUUGCGGAUCACUGCGGCCGUGUGGCGGCGCUGGUCAGUAGCUGCUUCCUUGCUCUGGUAGGCAGUCUGGCCACUUCGAUGUCCACGGACUUUUUUACCUUUGCAAUAUCGAGAUUUUUAGUUGGUGCCUCCUACGAUACCUGCUUUACGAUGGUAUACAUUUUGGGUAAAAAAGUGCACAUACCAUGUGUACCAUGUGAUAUAUUUCCUCUGCAAUCUUAUCUGCUAUAAUACCUCUGUUUUUAAGUGCUCGAGUAUGUGGGUCCCAAGUACCGGACAUUGGUGGCCAAUCUAUCACUGGCCUUGUUCUACUCACCCUUCACGAUGGUGAUGCCGUGGAUAGCGCUUUCAGCCGGAAAUUGGAGGAGAUUUUCCUCGUUUACAUCCUUGCCCAUUGUGCUUGCCAUGUUUUCCUUUUGCCUGCUACCGGAGUCUGCGCGAUGGCUGGUAUCGGUGGGUGAGAUCGACAAGGCCUUGGAGAUAUUGAAAAAUGUUAUUGAGGUGAACAAAAAGCAAGUGUCCAAGGAGAUACUCGAUCUCUUCGAGGCGAGCUGCACGCAGUUCUACAAGGAGGAGCUCGAUGGACGCGAUUUUACAGUGCUUUCCAUAUUUAAGAGGAAGCGGAUGGCCCGAUAUAUGAUCCUGAUGAUUCUCAUCUGGAUGUCCAUCUCAUUGGUGUACGAUGGACAUGUUCGAGCGGCUAGUGUCCUGGACAGUGAGAAUAUAUUUCUGUUCUUUACCAUCGCCUGUGCCACUGAGUUGCCGGGUAAUAUCCUGGUGAUCCUUACUCUGGAUCGCGCUGGACGUCGAUGGUGCUCCUUUUUUUACACCUCGUUGAGUGGAGUGUUUAGCCUGUUAGGGGCCAGCUUUCAGAAUCGGGCAAAUAUGAGGAUGUCAGCGUUAGCUGGAAGAUUCUUUUCCAACAUCUGCUAUAAUAUAGGACUGCAGUGGGCCGCUGAGAUACUGCCCACUGUGGUGAGGGCUCAGGGAGUGGCCUUCAUCCACACGAUGGGCUUUGUGGCAAUGUUGAUGUCCCCACCAGUGGUCUAUCUUUCCAAAAAGUCCCUUUCCAGCACGCUGAUAGUUUUGGGAGCCCUGGGUAUCUUUGGUGGACUGCUGGCCCUGUUUCUACCGGAAACGUUGAAUCACGAACUCCCGGAAACUCUCAGUGAUGGCGCACAAUUUGGGAAGAAUCAAAGGAUUUGGCACAUGCCCUGCUGUGGCCCAGGAUCAAGAAAAUCCCAUCCCAGGCACAACUGGCACCAGGGCUCGAGCUUAAGGACCUUAUCGAAGGACGAGUUCCGCUCCAGCAAAAUGUAUCGCAAGACGAAAUACAGGUUUGAGUCCCACCCGAGUCCAUCAUCGAGUGAUUAUAAGGGCACUGAGGAAAAGGAAAUCCGAACGUAUAAAUAUGGCAACGGUUCAAAGUGGCCAGAAGAUAAGAGCUGAGGUUAUCUUUGAGUUAACUCCCUGUUUUAUAAAUACUUUUCUAAUUAAAGAUUACAUUUGAUUAUUUUUUAAAUUGAACAAAAAUUAAGAAUCAAUUCUAUCCCGUGCCUGUAAAAAUGUACAUUGCCAAAGCUUUAUUCAAAUACAAAGAUUUCUACCAUUCUGAG